AUGAAAACUUUCGAGCAGACGUGGAAGCUUGCCGAGAAUGUGUUAGACCAAGACGCUUUGAUUUUCGCCGAGAGUAUAAUUGGGAUCCUAUGCCGAGAGUAUGGAAACCCUGAACCGGAGGAACACCCAUUGAUCACGGACGACGAGCCCUUUGACUCACCGGUACAGGACACAGAGACGACGGCGCUCAUGCGAAGACUCCUGUCAACGGUAGCACAGCCUGACCCACCCUCAGCAGUCCUAUAUGACCUGCUACCAAUUAUCGUGCUCCUAGAGCAUCUCGUCCGCAAUGAUACCGCAAUAUAUGAGCGCCUUCUUCUUCCAAGGACGGACGAGACCCAGGAUUUGAUGAAAAAAAUUAAACUAGAUACGAGGGAACUGAAGCUUGAUAGCUGGAAGCGUCUGCGCCUCCAUAUCUUACAAGAGUUACUACCGCGCGCACCCAGGCCAAAGCGACUCCCAAGCCGCCAACAGAAUGGUGACUUCCAUCUUGGCGGCGGGGUUCGCCCAAGGUCUCCAGAUGACCAAGAACGGGUUGGAACAGAGAAGCCUAAGAUCGGUGUGGGUGGUGGAUCGCCGCGAGCUUCACCUCCAUCGAGUGCUUGGUACGGAACUAAACCGAUGAGCCGAGGUCGCUCUCCAAGCCCUCCGCAGUCAGGUGUGAAAAGUCCCGGCGAAGACAAAUCCAGGAUGGUGUCAUAUGGCGGAGGAGCGAGGCUCGCCGACAUGCAGAAUCAGAGAUUCGAGAUGCUGACUUCGUACUUCCUACAAGCCGUCGAGUGCCUCUCUCCCUCUUUCGAAGAUCUGCCUGCAUUGCUUCUGAGUUUCGGCGGAGAGUGUCCGCCGGGGAGUCGAGCUCGGCCCCUAUCACCGUCUCCAGCAGCGUGCCAAGAGCAAAAGAGAGGCGGGAGAAGGGACUCUCGCUGCACGCGACGGUGGGAAGACAUUUUCGACUUCGUGAAGGAGGAAAUUCGGAACCGAAUGCUGCAGACGCUCCACGGUGGAAGCCAACAGGCGGUACCUAAUCCAGUGGAGGUGGCAAGGGGGCGGCCACGAACCCAAGAGAAACAAAGCGGCGAAAUCCGACCCGCCCAUUCUGGAACGAGCAACGUCGCCACCCAGCCAGCUGGAACGCCACAGCCGGAACAUCCCCAGAGUGUUGCAGGCACCAGAGACAUUGGUCCGUCUGCCGCUCUUGCGUCACUCUCUAGCCAUGAGUGCUGA